AUGGGGUUUGGGGAGAGAUGGGUUGGCUUGAUUAUGGAAUGUAUAACUUCUGUAUCUUAUGCUGUGUUGGUGAAUGGAAGGCCAGGUGAUGUUAUAUAUCCCUCACGAGGCAUUAGGCAAGGGGACCCAAUAUCCUCAUACCUGUUUUUGUUAUGUGCUGAAGGGUUGAGUAGCCUUAUUAAUGCAGCUGAGAAAAAGGGUGAAAUCAAAGGAAUGGUUGCUACAAGAGGAGGUAUAAGGGUCUCUCAUCUCCUAUUUGCUGACGAUAGUAUCAUCUUUGCAAGGGCUAAAUGGACUGAAUGGUUGAAAGUGAAGGAAAUCCUAAGGGUAUAUGAAGAAGCCUUUGGUCAGUGCAUGAAUCUACAAAAAACCACUGUGUUGUUUAGCUCCCGAGUUAGACAGGAAGAGAAGGAGAGGAUUGUGCAAGAUCUUGGAGCAAGGGUGCAAAGUAGCUGUGAAAAAUGGGUUGCCCACUAUGGUUGGAAGAGCUCGUUAUGA